ACAUGCUAAAAGAAUAAGAGAUAGAGAGAGAUGGGAAACAUGAAGUGCAUAAAGAUGUCCAACUCCAACCCCAUCAUCAUCCUGGUUCCAUAUCCAGCACAAGGACAUGUCACUCCCAUGUUUAAAUUAGCCUCAGCCUUCCUCAGCCAAGGCUUCAAGCCAGUGAUGGUCACUCCGGACUAUAUUCACCACCAGAUAGUCCGGAAAGUCGAACCGAAAGACAAGAUUUUGUGCAUGCCAAUCCCAGAUGGAUUGGACAAGGACACCCCGAGGGACUUCUUUGCCAUUGAGAAGGCCAUGGAGAACAACAUGGCAAACCCUCUAGAGAGACUUAUUCAUCAGCUUGAUGAUAAGGAUGGUGAUGAAGUUGUAUGCGUAGUUGUUGAUUUGUUGGCAUCAUGGGCUAUAGAUGUAGCCAAUAGAUGCGGGGUAGCCUGUGCUGGGUUUUGGCCUGCUAUGCAUGCCACAUAUCGCUUGAUCACUGCAAUUCCAGACAUGCUAAGGACAGGUCUCAUUUCUGCUGAUACAGGAUUUCCAAAACAACUAAGUGGUAUAUGCUUACCUAAUCAACCUGUGCUAUCUACUGAAGAGCUGCCCUGGUUGAUUGGCACUCCAGCUGCAAGAAAAGCAAGAUUCAGAUUUUGGACUAGAACCCUAGAACGAUCGAAAACGCUUCAAUGGAUACUUGUACAUUCUUUCCCAAAUGAAUACACCAUCAGCGAUGAACAACAUCAACAACUCGGUGAUCAAUUGUUCAAGAGCACCACAACCCAACAACCUCUUGUUUUCCCAAUUGGUCCUUUGAGCAAGCACACAACCACCAAGAACCCUAGCUUUUGGGAAGAAGACACGAGCUGCUUAAACUGGCUAGACAAGCAAAACCCUAACACAGUUGUUUACAUCUCUUUCGGAAGUUGGGUUAGUCCAAUUGGAGAGGCUAAGGUUAGAAGCUUGGCAUUGGCACUAGAAGCCUUGGGAAAGCCAUUCCUCUGGGUGCUUGGAUCUUCAUGGCUUGGAGGGUUACCAAUUGGGUACUUGGAAAGAGUGGCAAAACAAGGCAAAGUUGUGUCCUGGGCCCCACAAAUGGAUGUCUUGCAACACAAGGCAGUGGGAUGCUAUCUCACACACUGUGGGUGGAAUUCAACAAUGGAGGCCAUUCAGUGCCAGAAGCCUCUCCUGUGCUAUCCAGUGGCUGGGGACCAGUUUGUAAAUUGUGCAUACAUUGUGAAAGUGUGGAGGAUUGGGGUGAGAUUAAGUGGGUUUGGACAGAGGGAUGUUGAGGAAGGAUUGAGAAGGAUGAUGGAGGAGGAUGAGAUGAGCAAAAGGAUGAGGAAGCUAAAUGAAAGGACUAUGGGAGAUGAGGCUAAUUUGAGAGCUGUGUCAAAUCUCACUGCCUUCACUGAUCAGAAUAAGAUGUUUAGACUUGGGUAUUCUAAUAAUGGUGUUUAUGACUAUGUUUUCUAGAUUAAUUAUUCUAUUUAGUUCUUAUGUAAUUUUGUUGAGAGAUUUUCUUUUUGUAUUUGUUAUUUGUAGAGAGA